AUGUCGUCGACCGACCUUCCGGCUCAGCAGCAGCAACAGCAGCAGCAGCUUAACCAGCAACAAUCACCGCAAAAAUCAGAAUCGCCAUCACAGGCCCCAGGAACCUCUACCAAUCCAGCUGGUACGAGUCCCAACGCUCAAGGUAGCUCUGCUGCUGCUGCCGCCGCGGCCGCGGCCGCCGCGAACCACUUGAGUUUUCGCAGAGCUUGCGAGCGCAAGAAGACUACGAAUGCCGGAACGAACAAGGACUCGGACAGGUCUGCCUCAGCUUCGCCGUUUCCACAUGCUCCCAGUCAUGGGCUAACUGAGGUGUGCUCCAGCGAGAAAGGAGAUAACGCUGAAGAGCGUUCACCGAGAGCUCCUAGUGUACCUGCGCCUGGGCCUGGGACCUUCCCGCCGAGGACUCCUGCUGUCUAUCACACCACAGAUGGCACGCCGUCGUCCACCUACACCGAGUCGCAAGCCCGAAAGGAGGAAGUCGAUAGUGGCACUUAUCUCAACCUGGUGAUGAAACCAAAGUUCACGAGAGCCCCUAUAACAGAUGCUGGCAGGGUCGCAUAUCUUGGAGAGUCGUCCAACCUGACGUUGCUUGUCCAUGAUCGACAAGGCUCGUCAGACGUAGUCCACUAUCCUCUACCCGAAAAUGUGAGGGGUUCCAGGGCCCGACUGACCGAGCUGGACAAUGUUGAAAUCGAUAUCCUGCACCAGCGCGGUGCCUUCCUUCUACCGCCGAGAUCUCUAUGCGACGAGCUCAUCGACUCCUACUUCAAAUGGAUCCAUCCGAUCGUUCCGGUCAUCAACCGUACCCGCUUCAUGCGACAGUACCGUGAUCCCAAGAACCCGCCGUCUCUUUUGUUACUGCAGGCUGUGCUGCUGGCCGGCUCGAGAGUCUGUACGAACCCACAGCUGAUGGAUGCCAAUGGUUCGACAACGCCCGCUGCCCUGACCUUCUACAAAAGGGCAAAGGCGCUCUAUGAUGCCAAUUAUGAGGACGACCGGGUAACCAUUGUACAGUCAUUACUGUUGAUGGGGUGGUACUGGGAAGGACCUGAGGAUGUCACCAAGAACGUGUUUUAUUGGAGUAGAGUCGCCACCAUUGUCGCUCAGGGUUCCGGAAUGCAUCGAAGUGUUGAGCAGUCACAGCUCAGCCGCUCCGACAAGAGGUUGUGGAAACGAAUCUGGUGGACUUUGUUCACCCGAGACAGGUCUGUUGCCGUUGCUCUCGGCCGACCAGUCCACAUCAACCUCGACGAUUCCGACGUCGAAAUGCUUACGGAGGAUGAUUUCAUCGAGGAUGAUGGCGAUCGUAACAGCGAGUACCCCCCGGAUCCCAUACACGUUCAGUUCUUCAUGCAGUACGUCAAGCUUUGCGAAAUCAUGGGCCUAGUGCUGUCCCAGCAGUACUCGGUAGCCUCCAAAGGACGACAGAGAAAUGCUAUCGACUUGACCCAUAGCGAUAUGGCCCUCGCCGAUUGGCUCCAAAACUGCCCAAAGAUCGUGUACUGGGAGGUUGCUCGGCACCACUUUUGGUCAGCUUUGCUGCACUCGAAUUACUACACGACACUGUGUCUCUUACACAGAGCUCACAUGCCGCCAAAUGGAGGCAGUCGGUUCCCUGACGAUUCUCCAUAUCCUUCACGAAACAUUGCGUUCCAAGCCGCGGCUAUGAUCACCUCUAUUAUUGAGAACUUGGCAGCUCAUGGCGAACUUCGAUUCUGUCCGGCGUUUGUUGUGUAUAGUUUGUUCUCGGCCCUGAUCAUGCAUGUCUACCAAAUGCGGUCGCCGGUCCCAUCGAUUCAGCAGGUAACCCAGGACAGGUUGCGAACAUGCAUGCAAGCCCUCAAGGAGGUGUCGCGAGUUUGGCUGGUAGGGAAGAUGGUGUAUACUUUAUUUGAGUCCAUCAUAGGAAACAAAGUACUCGAGGAACGGCUGCAGAAGGCUGCGGGCAAGAGGCACAGGAAAGCGCAACAGGCGUUGGCACAGCUAGAACAGCAACAGCGGCCGCAGGACGUUGCCAAGAGGAAGUACGACGACAUGGCGAUCGACUUCAGCGUCAAUACUCCAACACCCCAAGAGUCUUACGAAAGAUCGCGCCCGCAGACACCUAGCCAUAUGAAGGGCGACGGAGGUCCAAAUCAGCAGACGAUGCCGCCUCCGAUCACAUCACCCAAUGCGAGGCAGAACGCAGACACGUUCAUGGGCGGAACCUCCUCUAGGCCGCAAACCAGACCAGCGACACCCUUCAACCCUUCAUUCUCGGUGCCGGCCACACCGCCGGACCUCUACCUUGUUACACGUAACUCGCCCAAUAUUUCUCAGUCCUUGUGGGAAAACUUCCAGCCCGACCAGCUUUUCCCAGACAGCGCAAGUAUGCCAGCAUUCCCGCACAUGUCACCGCCACCGAACCACCACGGCCUAGAUACGGGCCUCAUGGCGCAGCUACAGAAUCAAAACACGUCUCAUGGUCUACCGGCACAAAACACUCAGUUCCAAGCACGGGGCCCUACCAAACAAGGAUUGAGUGGAAGCCCUCAACAAGGCACGAACGUCCUGGGGUCUGGCAUGCAGGGUUUCCAGCAGCAGCAACCGCAGCAGCAACAACAGGCACAUGGGCAAGCGCAGGGCUCCAACAACAAUAACAGCCUCAACAGCAACCUCUGGACAGCUAAUUUCGACGGCUUGAUGCCGGAUGGGCAAAGCCCAAGCGACAGCUGGAGUACAGGAUCAGCUCAAGGGCAACCUGUUCCAAACACGCUCAAUGUUGAAGAUUGGUUCCAAUUCUUUGGCAUUAACAACGGUGACCUGGCGAGCAUGAAUCUCGAUUUGGGGUUGGGACCCCAGUAG